AUGCGGGCGUCUUUGAGCUUUCUGGCUGCGGGUUUGCUGGCUUCCUAUACGCUGUAUGGUUACCUUCAAGAGAAGAUCAUGUCGUGGAGUUACGAUGGGGUGAAAUUCCGCUCCACAGUGAUUCUGGUCGCCUUCAACCGCAUAGCAGGCAUAGCCGUCGCGGUGUACAUGCAACGGUUUCAUCUUGGGAAUUCUCUGAAACCUCAUCACCCUGUCUACGCUUAUGCCACCAUCUCGCUGUUCAACUUUGCGUCUACCCUGUGUCAGUACGAAGCUCUGAAAUAUGUCAGCUUCACAACGCAGACAUUGGGCAAAACCUCGAAGAUGGUCCCGGUGUUAUUGCUUGGACGGCUAGUGUACGGCAAACAGUACAGAUGGCGUAGUUACUUGGCCGUUCUCUUGGUGACUUUGGGUGCUAUGUUGUACAUGACGACUUCUUCCAACGGCCUCACCGCUGACAGUCGGUCUUCCACUCCACGUGGGAUACUUUUGUUGGCUGGCUACUUGCUCUUCGACGGCCUGGCGAGUACCACAGAGGCCAAACUGUUCCAGCAAAGCCACCGCCGGUCUACAUCCAAAGACUCUGAGUCAAGCAAUGGCACAAGAACUUUGUCGCAGAAUGAAUUAGUCUAUGAUCAGAUGCUGUGGACGAACGUAUGCUCUUUGGGUGUAUCGACCUUGGUCGUUCUUACCGAUCAAAAACGUUCUUUCGGAAAUUUCCUUGACGUUUUGAAAACACCCUCAGGACCUCGACUACUUUUCGAUGUCAGCUUUCUGUCGCUGUCCGCCUCGAUAGGUCUCAUCUUCCUCCUGACGACGAUUGCGACGUAUGGACCUCUCCACUGCAGCACUCUGAUGACCGGAAGGCAGUUCUUAUCUAUUGUUCUCAACGGCGCUGCGUUCAAGACAGGCAGGAACUUUGGUAUACGAGGCUGGAUCGGGAUUGGUUUCGUGGCCAGUGGAGUCGAUCUUGAGUUGUCGAACAAACGUCACGCAAAGGAGGAGAAAACAUUUGAACUAUCAUCGUCGAAAAGUCCCAAGAGGAGUGGCGAACGAUACGUUACAAAAACCGUUAUACGUCAUUUUGCAUUCCCCAUCGUCGGAGGCCUCCUUGCGCAUAUCCUGUCAACAGGACUCAUACCUCGUAACGCCGCCGACGGAAUGCUGGCAUCAGAGAUAUUUCCCGCGGGUCCAUCAUUUGCCUAUCGAAAUCAGACAUAUUCUCGAGAACGCAUUCGUAGGCUCUCCAAGGAGGUUGACUGCCCUGAUCAUUCUGCAAUGAGAAGAACGGCUUACCCGUCGCCUAUCCCACGAACUGUCUUGGCUAGCUUUCCUAGAUCAGGCAACACGCUCACCCGUGAACUGGUGGAGCAUAGCACUGGCUUUCACACCGUUCACGCGAGGUGCGGUCACGUGUUGGAAAUGAGCUACUUUGCGGAGGGGUGUAAAUAUCCUGAUAACAACUUCCUCGUCAAAGACCACGUCCCGGAAUACACGGUCUACGCUCAAGAUGACGAAGCGUGGAAAGAACGUGCCGAGAGCUAUGAUCGGGUGGUGCAGGUCAUUCGCAAUCCUCUUGAUGCUCUAUGGAGUUACUGGCAUCUGAUGAGGAGUCAGAUGAAUCACGAAAAACGAAUUGAAGGCAUCAAUGUCUUGGGCCUGACGAACCUGUCAGAGCUAGAUCGUAUGGCACAGAAUUGGGUACAACAUACAGAUUACUGGAUGUCUGUGAAUAAACCUAGAGUGAUGCUACGUUAUGAAGAUCUAAGAAGCGAUGAUCAGGUACAGCAUCUCGCUAGAGUGUUAGAGGUACUACUCCCUGCAGAUGAGUUACCUCCUAUAGAGCGGCUCAUCUGUGCAGACGAUGACAGAGCUGUGGCGUAUCAGUCCAGAAAAGCCGAACCGUUCUAUUCCUGGGACCACUUUGCUCCUGAAGUCCGAUCUCAUAUCCUGAGCGUAGUGAAGGAUGACUGGUGUACCUUGGGAUUCGAGGCGAUGUUACGGAAACAACGGGGACACAAAGGGGUAGAUUGUGAUUAA